AAGGGGAAGCAGCUGAAAAGCAGGGGUCGGUCCGGACACGUUUGCUCUUGACUCUUGACCAGUCUCACUCCGACUGUCCUUCAGCACACCGCACUUCGCGGUAAUUCUUCAACUUCAACGCAAAACCCAGCAACAAAACCGUCAAGAUGAGCCGCAAGUUCUGCGUUGGUGGCAACUGGAAGAUGAACGGUGACAAGAAGGGCAUUCAGGAAAUCGUCGAUUUUCUGAAGAAGGGCCCUCUGGACCCCAAUGUUGAGGUCAUUGUGGGUUGCCCAGCUCCAUACUUGGAGUAUGCCAAGGGUCUCCUUCCUGCCAGUAUUUCAGUCUCUGCCCAGAAUUGUUACAAGGUACCCAAAGGAGCAUUCACAGGUGAAAUCAGUCCAGCUAUGCUUAAAGACCUUGGACUCAACUGGGUUAUUCUAGGUCAUUCAGAGCGCCGCAAUGUUUUUGGAGAGACUGAUGCUCUGGUAGCAGAAAAGACUGCCCAUGCUUUGGAGGAAGGCUUAUCAGUUAUUGCCUGUAUCGGCGAGAAACUGGAAGAGAGAGAAGCUGGUAAAACAGAGGAAGUUGUAUAUCGCCAGACCCAGGCCAUUGCUGACAAAAUUAAGGACUGGUCUAAAGUUGUUAUUGCCUAUGAGCCAGUUUGGGCUAUUGGAACUGGCAAAACUGCCUCCCCGCAACAGGCACAAGAGGUUCAUGAGAAACUCAGAGCAUGGUUGAAGGCGAAGGUUUCUGAGAAGGUUGCCAAUGAGACACGUAUCAUCUAUGGUGGUUCAGUCACAGCUGCCAACUGCAAGGAACUUGCCAAAUCAGGAGACAUUGAUGGUUUCCUUGUUGGAGGUGCAUCUUUGAAGCCUGAAUUUGUCGAAAUUGUUAAUGCACGCCAAUGAACAUAGCUACACAUGCAAAUGUUUAAGGCACAGACAAUAAUCACUCCCUCAUGAGAUUUCUUCAAUGCUAUAUUUUUCAUUUGUUCAUUUUACUGCCAUCAAUUUUUUUAAUUGCAAUAAUUGUUGCACAUUUUAUGUUCGAUAUAUAUCGAUCUCUAAGAGUUGUCAUUCCAUCAAAUUUGUGUUCUCCUUGAAGUUUUACUAGUCAUUAGAAAUUGUUAUCUUGUUUACCUGUAAUCUCAUUUAAAAUUAAAAUUAUACUGUUAGACAAAAUAUUUGCAAAAUUUACAACUCUUGUUGAUCAUAAAUGUUAUGCUACUGGUUUGUUAUCUGUAACCAAGAGGAAAUAUAUGAUGCUGGUCAUUCAAUUACAA